AUGGAGGUGUUUUUGACGCGCCUGACGCAGCAGGCAAUGAAUUAUGCCAUUCGCUCGGGCAUUGCAAUUACCGCAAGCUACGCUAUACGCCAGUCCUCGCGUUUGCUCAAAAAUGUAGACAGCGAAGAUCGUGAUGAGCUUCUCUCUUUACAGCAGCGCUUGGAAAGCAAGAUUCAGGUCAUUUCUCCAUCAAUUGACAUGAUUGAAUUGAUCGCUGCGCGAGGCAAUACGUCACUUGAAUCAGCCGUUACUCUCACAAAAUCCCUUCGAUGGGAAAUUCAGGCCCUUGGGCAGCGAUUAGCUAAAGCCGCUUCAUCCGAAGAAGUCUCACGCAAGGGCCCCAAAUCAUCCCGAGACCAGGCGGUCAUAGAUGCCCAAGUCAAGACCAUCAUCAAAGACAUCAAGAGGCUUCUGACUCGGAUCGAGGAUGCAGUGCCUCUGAUGAACUUGGCCAUCACUACCUCUGGUGCCAAGCUAUCUACCAAUUUGCCAUCGACCGUGUCACCAUCUCGUCUUCUCCAAGCGAGCACUUUUUUGACUGCUGGCGAUACUCAAUAUUCAAUGUCGGAUUCUCACGCCGUUCAGAUAGGACCGACAUUCACCCUUUCGAUGUACAUGUUAUUUGCAGGCCACGUACGCCCUCAUGACCAGGAGUCUGUUCGUGAGGCCACAUGGAAAGAGGUUAUGCACAAAGCACGCUUGAAGCUUCGGCGGGUCCCAAUGAAGUUAUACUACUCUGACGAUCGAUCCAAGUCAGCAGAGCUUCCCGGACCUGCGGGCACUGAUGAGUAUGCCUAUCAAGUUCUCAUCAUCGAGGACUUUGAUGACGGAAGAGUUCACUCCUUUGAAGAGGGCGAACCACAGCCCCAAGCCUGCGAAGGUGUCGCAAGCGCUGGUAUACGUGAGAUUCUUCCAAUCCACCAAAUCUCAAAGAUCUUCUACGCAGACACAGGCAGGAUCCUGAAUAUCAAGAGACUUGAAUGCUCUCCCCCUCGUCGUAUGAUGGAACGUGAAGAUUCUGAAGACGACUUCGCACCCGACCCGGAAGAGGAAGGUCCAGAGCAAGACGAAGAGCAGGCGUUACUUGACGCACAAUUGCAUGGCGGUGACGGCUCAGCUCACCAGAGCUUCGGCUCCCUACACGAAGACUCCAUUCCCGAGGAAUGGCGACUUCCUCCUGGUCUCGAUCCAGAAUGGAUCGCAUUUGAAGUCUACAACGAGGAUGAAACCUCUGAUACCGAGUCUGAAGUAGACAACUCGACAACAGAAAACACGGUCGACAAGAUGGCCAAACUAUCUCUCAAAGACAGAAGCUAUACCCAAUAUCCAUCGCCGUUCGGACCUACCUCUUCCGCACAACCUGCAGCCACCACAACUGUCACCAACCCGCUAUUCGAAAAUAUCCGCACAUCACUUUCUCUCCUCGAAACUCUCCUGCGACUAACAUCUCUCCAGCAAUUCCAACAACAAUCCCACCUCUCCAUCAGCGAUGAACUUCUGAACUUUUUCUUGGAGGAAUCAUCUACCACCGGCGCCGGUGGCGACGAACAACACCGCCAACGCCUCCGCCACGAAGCACGCCGCCGCGUCGGAUGGGAUCCUUACGAUGAAAGCCCCGUCAAGCACCGUGGUGAAGAUUAUCAAUACGGUUGGGAAGCAGGUAGUCCCUCUGGGUAUCCACGAGAAGGCGAAGAGCCAUACUCACCCGGAGGCAUGUCGCGUGGAUUCCAACUUCGAUCGCGGGAAAGCACACCGGAAACUCCACAGCGUCGAGGCUCGCCUGGGAGGAGAGGCCCGAGUGGGUUACGGGGCAUGACGCCUGCGUAUUCAGAUGAUUCAGAACUGGGCCAGAGUUCGCCGCUUGCUAGGAAGGGCGGUGCUUUGAGAGAUGGAGGUGCUGGUUCUGGGAUUACGGAAUAA